GGCGGAGCCUGAGAGGCCCGCAUUUGACGCCGUUUCUCCUGGAGCGGCCCCAAUACUCUCCCCGCUCCCCUUCCACGACCCCCAGAGAAGUGCAGCGUAAAACAAGCUCUGAAGAAAAAGAAGGUCUGUUAAGAACAUAAUAGGUUACCAGGAUGUCUGGAGUUGAAGAAGAUGCUGAUGCGUUAUGUGAAGUGAGCCUUGGUGAAGCAUGUAAAUCAUUAUAUGAGAACAAAGAAGCCAAUCCCAAUACAAGCUCUAAAGAUAUUGUGGUCACUAUUGGAGCUACUGUACCAACUGGAUUUGAGCUGACUGCCGCAGAUGAAGUACAAGAGAAGCUAGGGUCAAAAUCGAGGAUUAGCAAGGACCGAGGGAAAAUCUAUUUUGAAAUUCCUGUAAUCAGCCUUCCACAGGUUCACCAGUUAAGAUCAGUUGACAACUUAUUUGUUAUCGUUCAAGAGUUCAAAGAUUAUCAGUUUAAAGAAACUAAGGAAGAAGCUCUAAAGGAUUUAGAGGAGCUGGCUAAGAAUCUGCCUUGGACUGACCCUUUGGAAGUAUGGAAGUUAAAUACAAGCCUUAAGAAAAGAAAAACAAGACGGAGAAAAGGCAAUCAACAAAGUAAUGCAAAGAAAGAGAAGCUAGGAAAUGACAGAAGUGAAGAGGGAACAGUUGAUAAAGAAUUGCAUGAUCCUGUGCAAAAUAUUUUGGGGUCUGCUGUAGUUACAGACCCAGAAAACGUUGAUGAAACGGUACCACCGGAUGAUGACGAACAAUCUGAUUCUAAAGAAGAGUUAGCAUCCAAUGGUGAACAUGAAAAUGAAUCUGGUGAUUGCAAGAAGUGUGGAAUUGAAGCUGAGACGCUGAAAUUCCGUGUGACCUGCAACAGAGCUGGCGAUAAGCAUAGCUUUAAAUCAAAUGAGGCAGCAAGAGAUUUUGGAGGAGCCGUGCAAGAUUUCUUUCAGUGGAAAGCAGAUAUGACCAAUUUUGAUGUAGAGGUUCUCCUCAACAUCCACAAUAAUGAAGUAGUAGUCGGGAUUGCCUUAACCGAAGAGAGUCUUCAUAGAAGAAAUAUUACACAUUUUGGGCCUACAACUCUUCGAUCCACUCUAGCGUAUGGUAUGCUCAGGCUCUGUGAUCCGCAACCAGCUGACAUCAUAAUUGAUCCAAUGUGUGGGACAGGUGCUAUACCGAUAGAGGGGGCAACUGAGUGGCCCAACUGCUAUCAUAUUGCUGGGGAUAACAAUCCACAGGCUGUGAAGAGGACAGCAAAUAAUAUAUCCUCUGUAAUGAAGCAAAGUCAAAGUAAAGACAGUAGCACAUCUCCAAGCAAACCAAUAGAUAGUAUUCAGUGGGAUAGCUGCUGUAUACCACUGAGGACUGGAUCUGUGGAUGUCAUUGUAACGGAUAUGCCGUUUGGAAAGAGGAUAGGGUCUAAGAAAAAGAAUUGGGAUCUCUAUCCAUCCUGCCUUAUGGAGAUGGGUCGGAUUUGCAGACCAAGGACUGGCAGAGCUGUGCUGCUGACUCAAGAUAGGAAAUGUUUUGCCAAGGCCUUGUCAAAAAUCGGACACCUGUGGCGAAAGUCUCAAACAAUUUGGGUGAAUGUUGGGGGACUCCAUGCUGCUGUGUAUCUCCUGAAACGGUCUGGAGAAAGAAUAGAAGAAACAAGAACAUAGUGGAAACAUCUUGGCCAAUGUACUUAACCACAUCUGCACUCAUCUACAUUUCAGAGGGCUCUUUGUAAAAUGUCUGCCUGAGAUUUUGAGCCAGUUCAUCCUUAUGAUCUUGAGUGGGGCUGAAAAUAUUAGCAAGCUUACUGAUCAAAGGAUCGGUUGUGUCAUACCCAACUAGAAGCUUUUGAGGGAUCUUUCAGGGCUUAAAUAGAAAAGUAUAACCAAUUUAUUCAUGAAACUAGUAACUUCUAUGUGCCUGUAAAUCCGAAUUACUGUUACAGUUUGGGUGCAAAUGUAUUUUCAUAUUCACAGGACAAGUUUAUCCUGUUUUGUGAAAAGACUUGCAGGUUGAUCUUUUUUUUCACAUCAGAUUGCAGAAGAGCUCAUUUAAAAUGCUGUUGUGUUAAGAAUUCUGGGGACGGAGUGUUUCCUCAGAUGUUAUUCAGUUUAGAAUAUCGUUUAGGUAGGUAAGGAUUGCUUUAAUGAAGACAUUUCGCCAUUGGAGAAGUUGCUCCAAUUUGUUUUGUUUUAGCAUUGCCAAAAAUGGGCAACAAGGAUAGUAGGAAGGAUUGCUUCUGUUAUUUGAUAAAUAGGCUCUACUUCAGAGCCUAUCUCAAUAGUGCUACCUGUUAUCUCAUCUGCUACCUCAAUUUAAGUCCCAUGUCCUUGUUUACUUUGAUAUGCCAUGUGGAUUCCUCCUGUACACAGGGCUGAGAAGGUGUACUAUCAGCCUUUAUUUCUAUAGUCAUGGUUCUAAUUCAGAAUAAGACUUGAAAAAUGCUAUAGUAUUCUUCACAUGUACUACUGUUGGUUUGAACGUAUAGGAUAGAUGUAGAUGAGAAUAUUUAUAGUGCAAUUGUGUCUACUCUGUUAAUGACAAGCAAAAAGCUGUGUCAACUUCUAAGAACAAAUGCGCAAUAGUUGGAUAACAGUAACCUGAGAUGACUCUUGAGUAUAAUCUAAUAAACAAGAUUUAUGCAAGAUCACAGCUGUGCCCAGGAAAUGUUAUCAGAAACAGGCUUAUCAAAUUUGGGAGCCUGUUCCCAUCAGCUUGAAAAGAAUGGCUUAAACCCAAACUAUUCUGAAAUAUAUGUGUCAGAUGCACAGCCCUUUAAAUUAGAAAGCAUUUAGGGAUUGAAACUCAUAUGGUUAAGGAAAUGUUUGGAAUUUUUUAUUCGGAUUUGGGUUGCAGCUAUGUAACAACCAGCUUUGAAAGGCAACUGAAUGAGCUUUUUUUAUGAGAAAUAAAGCACCAGCACUGUUCCAAUUACUACAAAAUGGUAGAGCUUCGUCUUUAAAGCACUUUUGCCAUCCCGGGUUUCCAUUUCUUGCCUAUUGGGAUUGCUUUGGUGUUUCACAGUACUUUGUUGUUGCUGCUGCGGUAUUGAAUUUUAUCUUUUAUUUUUACCUGUGUAUGUAAUAAAGUUUUUACCAGGA